AUGGAUGUGAAGGAACGGCGGCCCUACUGCUCGCUGACCAAGAACCGCCGGGAGAAGGAGCGGCGCUAUACGAACUCCUCGGCGGACAACGAGGAGUGCCGGGUUCCCACGCAGAAGUCUUACAGCUCCAGCGAAACCCUGAAAGCUUUUGAUCACGAUUCCUCACGGCUGCUUUACGGAAACAGAGUAAAGGAUUUGGUUCACAGAGAAGCGGAUGAGUUCUCCAGACAAGGACAAAAUUUUACCCUAAGGCAGUUAGGCGUUUGUGAACCAGCAACUCGAAGAGGACUGGCAUUUUGUGCGGAAAUGGGGCUCCCCCACAGAGGUUACUCGAUCAGUGCAGGGUCAGACGCCGAUACUGAGAAUGAAGCAGUGAUGUCCCCAGAGCAUGCCAUGAGACUGUGGGGCCGGGGGGUCAAGUCAGGCCGCAGCUCCUGCCUGUCAAGCCGGUCCAACUCAGCGCUCACCCUGACAGAUACGGAGCAUGAAAACAAAUCCGACAGUGAAACCGAGCAACCUGCAAACAACCAAGGCCAGUCCACCCUCCAGCCUUUGCCACCUUCCCAUAAGCAGCACUCCGCACAGCAUCAUCCAUCCAUCACUUCUCUCAAUAGGAACUCCCUGACCAAUAGAAGGAACCAGAGCCCGGCCCCGCCGGCUGCUUUGCCCGCCGAGCUGCAAACCACACCCGAGUCCGUCCAGCUGCAGGACAGCUGGGUCCUUGGCAGUAAUGUACCACUGGAAAGCAGGCAUUUCCUAUUCAAAACAGGAACAGGGACCACGCCACUGUUCAGCACUGCCACCCCAGGAUACACGAUGGCCUCUGGCUCUGUUUACUCGCCACCUACUCGGCCACUACCUAGAAACACCCUAUCAAGAAGUGCUUUUAAAUUCAAGAAGUCUUCAAAGUACUGUAGCUGGAAAUGUACUGCCCUGUGCGCUGUAGGGGUCUCAGUGCUCCUGGCAAUACUGCUGUCGUAUUUUAUAGCAAUGCAUCUCUUUGGCCUCAAUUGGCAGUUGCAGCAGACAGAAAAUGACACAUUUGAGAAUGGAAAAGUGAAUUCUGAUGCCAUGCCAACAAACACGGUGUCGUUACCUUCUGGCGACAAUGGAAAAUUAGGUGGAUUUACACAGGAAAAUAAUACCAUAGAUUCUGGAGAACUUGAUAUUGGCCGAAGAGCGAUUCAAGAGGUUCCUCCCGGUAUCUUCUGGAGAUCACAACUCUUUAUAGAUCAGCCACAGUUUCUUAAAUUCAACAUCUCUCUUCAGAAAGAUGCCUUGAUUGGAGUAUAUGGCCGAAAAGGCUUACCACCCUCCCACACUCAGUAUGACUUUGUGGAGCUCCUAGAUGGCAGCAGGUUGAUCGCAAGAGAGCAGCGGAACCUGCUGGAGUCCGAAAGAGCUGGGCGGCAGGCGAGGUCUGUCAGUCUCCACGAGGCCGGCUUUAUCCAGUACUUGGAUUCCGGAAUCUGGCAUCUGGCUUUUUAUAAUGAUGGGAAGAAUGCAGAGCAGGUGUCCUUCAACACCAUUGUGAUAGAGUCUGUGGUGGAAUGCCCCAGAAAUUGCCAUGGAAAUGGAGAGUGCGUUUCUGGAACCUGCCAUUGUUUUCCAGGAUUUCUGGGUCCGGAUUGUUCAAGAGCAGCCUGUCCGGUGCUGUGUAGUGGCAACGGCCAGUACUCCAAGGGCCGUUGCCUGUGUUUCAGCGGCUGGAAGGGCACAGAAUGCGAUGUGCCCACAACACAGUGCAUCGACCCGCAGUGCGGUGGCCGUGGGAUUUGCAUCAUGGGCUCUUGCGCUUGCAACUCCGGAUACAAAGGAGAAAAUUGCGAAGAAGCUGACUGUCUAGACCCUGGAUGUUCUAAUCACGGUGUGUGUAUCCAUGGGGAAUGUCACUGCAAUCCUGGAUGGGGUGGUAACAACUGUGAAAUACUCAAGACCAUGUGUCCAGACCAGUGCUCUGGCCAUGGAACAUAUCUUCAAGAAAGUGGCUCCUGUACUUGUGACCCUAAUUGGACUGGCCCAGACUGCUCCAACGAAAUCUGUUCUGUGGACUGUGGCUCACAUGGUGUUUGCAUGGGGGGUUCCUGUCGCUGUGAAGAAGGCUGGACGGGCCCAGCGUGCAAUCAGAGAGCCUGCCACCCGCGCUGUGCCGAGCAUGGGACCUGCAAGGACGGCAAGUGUGAAUGCAGCCAGGGCUGGAACGGAGAGCACUGCACCAUCGCUCACUAUUUGGAUAAGAUAGUUAAAGAGGGGUGUCCCGGUCUGUGCAACAGCAAUGGAAGGUGCACACUGGACCAAAAUGGCUGGCACUGUGUUUGCCAGCCAGGGUGGCGAGGAGCAGGAUGCGACGUAGCCAUGGAGACCCUCUGCACUGACAGCAAGGACAAUGAGGGAGAUGGACUCAUUGACUGCAUGGAUCCUGAUUGCUGUUUACAGAGUUCCUGCCAAAAUCAGCCUUACUGUCGUGGACUGCCCGACCCCCAGGAUAUCAUUAGCCAAAGCUUACAGUCACCAUCUCAGCAAGCUGCCAAAUCCUUCUAUGACCGCAUCAGUUUUCUCAUAGGAUCUGAUAGCACCCAUGUCAUACCUGGAGAAAGUCCUUUCAAUAAGAGCCUAGCGUCCGUCAUCAGAGGCCAAGUGCUGACUGCUGAUGGAACUCCACUUAUUGGAGUGAAUGUCUCAUUUUUCCAUUACCCAGAGUACGGAUAUACCAUUACCCGCCAAGACGGAAUGUUUGACUUGGUGGCAAAUGGCGGGGCUUCUCUGACGUUGGUGUUUGAACGAUCCCCGUUCCUCACCCAGUAUCACACUGUGUGGAUUCCAUGGAAUGUCUUUUAUGUGAUGGAUACCCUUGUCAUGAAGAAAGAAGAAAACGACAUUCCCAGCUGUGAUCUGAGUGGCUUUGUGAGGCCCAAUCCUAUCAUCGUGUCCUCGCCUUUAUCCACCUUUUUUAGAUCAUCUCCCGAAGACAGUCCCAUUAUUCCCGAGACACAGGUCCUCCACGAAGAAACCACAAUUCCAGGAACAGACUUGAAACUUUCCUACCUGAGUUCCAGAGCUGCUGGGUAUAAGUCAGUACUUAAGAUCACCAUGACCCAGUCUGUUAUCCCAUUUAAUUUAAUGAAGGUGCAUCUGAUGGUGGCUGUCGUAGGAAGACUCUUUCAAAAGUGGUUUCCUGCAUCACCAAACUUGGCCUAUACGUUUAUAUGGGAUAAAACAGAUGCAUAUAAUCAAAAGGUCUAUGGUCUGUCUGAAGCUGUUGUGUCAGUAGGAUAUGAAUAUGAGUCGUGUUUGGACCUGACUCUGUGGGAGAAGAGGACUGCCAUUUUGCAAGGCUAUGAAUUGGAUGCUUCCAACAUGGGCGGUUGGACAUUAAACAAGCAUCAUGUGUUGGAUGUUCAGAAUGGUAUCCUAUACAAGGGAAACGGGGAGAAUCAGUUUAUCUCCCAGCAGCCCCCCGUGGUGAGCAGUAUCAUGGGCAACGGAAGAAGGCGCAGCAUCUCAUGCCCGAGCUGCAACGGUCAAGCCGAUGGUAAUAAACUCUUGGCCCCGGUGGCGUUGGCGUGUGGGAUCGACGGCAGUCUGUACGUGGGGGAUUUCAACUAUGUUCGGCGGAUAUUCCCUUCUGGAAAUGUAACAAGCGUUUUAGAGCUAAGAAAUAAAGAUUUUAGACAUAGCAGCAACCCAGCUCAUAGGUACUACCUUGCAACUGAUCCAGUCACGGGAGAUUUGUAUGUUUCUGACACUAACACCCGCAGGAUUUAUCGCCCAAAGUCACUUACGGGUGCAAAAGACUUGACUAAGAAUGCCGAAGUGGUGGCAGGAACAGGGGAGCAGUGCCUUCCUUUCGAUGAAGCCAGAUGUGGGGAUGGCGGGAAGGCUGUGGAAGCAACACUCAUGAGUCCCAAAGGAAUGGCAAUUGAUAAAAAUGGGUUAAUCUACUUUGUUGAUGGAACAAUGAUCCGAAAAGUUGAUCAGAAUGGAAUCAUAUCAACUCUCCUGGGCUCUAAUGAUCUGACCUCAGCCAGACCUUUAACCUGUGACACUAGCAUGCACAUCAGCCAGGUACGCCUGGAAUGGCCCACUGACCUAGCCAUUAACCCAAUGGACAACUCCAUUUACGUGCUGGAUAAUAAUGUCGUUUUACAGAUCACUGAGAACAGGCAGGUGCGCAUCGCCGCCGGGCGGCCCAUGCAUUGCCAGGUGCCGGGGGUGGAGUACUCCGCGGGCAAGCAUGCAGUGCAGACGACCCUGGAGUCCGCCACUGCCAUUGCUGUGUCCUACAGCGGGGUCCUGUACAUCACCGAAACCGACGAGAAGAAAAUUAACCGGAUUCGGCAAGUCACCACCGAUGGGGAGAUCUCCCUGGUCGCCGGGAUACCGUCAGAGUGUGACUGCAAAAACGAUGCCAACUGUGACUGCUACCAGAGCGGAGAUGGCUACGCCAAAGAUGCCAAGCUGAGCGCGCCGUCCUCCCUCGCCGCCUCCCCGGAUGGUACGCUGUACAUCGCAGACCUGGGGAACAUUCGGAUCCGGGCGGUGUCAAAGAACAAGCCUUUACUUAACUCUGUGAACUUCUACGAAGUUGCCUCUCCGACGGAUCAGGAGCUCUACAUCUUCGACAUCAACGGCACUCACCAGUAUACUGUCAGCCUAGUCACUGGCGAUUACCUGUACAACUUCAGCUACAGCAACGACAAUGACAUUACCGCUGUGACCGACAGUAACGGCAACACCCUUAGGAUUAGACGGGACCCGAAUCGCAUGCCAGUCCGAGUGGUGUCUCCAGAUAACCAAGUGAUAUGGUUGACCAUAGGGACAAAUGGAUGUUUGAAAAGCAUGACCGCUCAAGGACUAGAACUGGUCUUGUUUACUUAUCAUGGCAACAGUGGCCUUUUAGCCACUAAAAGCGAUGAAACCGGAUGGACAACAUUUUUUGACUAUGACAGUGAAGGUCGUCUGACCAACGUGACAUUUCCAACCGGCGUGGUCACCAACCUUCAUGGAGACAUGGACAAGGCGAUCACAGUGGACAUUGAGUCGUCCAGCCGAGAAGAAGAUGUCAGCAUCACUUCAAAUCUGUCCUCCAUCGACUCGUUCUACACCAUGGUUCAAGAUCAGUUAAGGAACAGCUACCAGAUCGGUUAUGACGGCUCCCUUCGCAUCAUCUAUGCCAGUGGUCUGGACUCGCAUUACCAGACCGAGCCCCAUGUUCUGGCCGGCACCGCUAACCCAACAGUUGCCAAAAGAAACAUGACUCUGCCUGGCGAAAACGGUCAGAAUUUGGUGGAAUGGAGAUUCCGGAAGGAGCAGGCCCAAGGCAAAGUCAAUGUCUUCGGUCGAAAGCUCAGGGUUAAUGGCAGAAACCUGCUUUCAGUUGACUUUGAUCGAACGACAAAGACGGAGAAGAUCUAUGAUGACCACCGUAAAUUUCUCCUGAGGAUCGCCUACGACACGGCAGGGCAUCCGACUCUCUGGCUGCCGAGCAGCAAGCUGAUGGCCGUCAAUGUCACCUAUUCGUCCACGGGUCAAAUUGCCAGCAUCCAGCGAGGAACCACCAGCGAGAAAGUCGAUUAUGACGGACAGGGAAGGAUUGUGUCCCGGGUUUUUGCUGACGGUAAAACCUGGAGUUACACAUACUUGGAAAAGUCCAUGGUGCUUCUGCUUCAUAGCCAGCGGCAGUACAUCUUUGAAUACGAUAUGUGGGACCAGCUCUCUGCCAUCACCAUGCCCAGCGUGGCUCGCCACACCAUGCAGACCAUCCGCUCCAUCGGCUACUACCGCAACAUAUACAACCCCCCGGAGAGCAACGCCUCGGUCAUCACCGACUACAAUGAGGAGGGGUUGCUUCUGCAGACGGCUUUCCUGGGGACCAGCAGGAGGGUCUUAUUCAAGUAUCGAAGGCAGACCAGGCUCUCGGAGAUCUUAUACGACAGUACGCGGGUCAGUUUCACCUACGAUGAGACGGCGGGAGUCCUCAAAACGGUAAACCUCCAGAGCGAUGGUUUCAUUUGCACCAUUAGAUACAGGCAGAUCGGCCCCCUGAUUGACAGGCAGAUCUUCCGCUUCAGCGAAGACGGGAUGGUGAACGCGAGAUUCGACUACAGCUAUGACAACAGUUUUCGGGUGACCAGCAUGCAGGGUGUCAUCAAUGAGACUCCCCUGCCCAUUGACCUCUAUCAGUUCGACGACAUUUCGGGCAAAGUGGAGCAGUUCGGAAAAUUCGGCGUCAUCUAUUACGAUAUUAACCAGAUCAUCUCCACAGCUGUCAUGACUUACACAAAGCACUUUGAUGCCCACGGCCGGAUCAAGGAGAUUCAGUAUGAGAUAUUCAGGUCGCUCAUGUACUGGAUUACAAUUCAGUAUGACAACAUGGGUCGGGUAACCAAGAGAGAGAUUAAAAUAGGGCCCUUCGCCAACACCACCAAGUACGCUUAUGAGUAUGACGUCGACGGACAGCUCCAGACGGUCUACCUGAAUGAAAAAAUCAUGUGGCGUUAUAACUACGACCUGAAUGGGAAUCUCCACUUACUGAAUCCGAGUAGCAGCGCGCGGCUGACCCCGCUCCGCUACGACCUGCGAGACAGGAUCACCCGGCUGGGUGACGUUCAGUACCGGUUGGAUGAGGAUGGGUUCCUGCGCCAGAGAGGCACCGAGAUCUUUGAGUACAGCUCCAAGGGGCUUCUGACCCGCGUCUACAGUAAAGGCAGCGGCUGGACGGUGAUCUAUCGUUACGAUGGCCUGGGGAGGCGCGUGUCCAGCAAGACCAGUCUGGGACAGCACCUGCAGUUUUUCUAUGCGGACCUCACUUACCCCACCAGAAUUACUCACGUCUACAACCACUCGAGUUCAGAGAUCACCUCCCUCUAUUAUGAUCUCCAAGGACAUCUCUUUGCCAUGGAAAUCAGCAGCGGGGAUGAAUUCUACAUCGCAUCAGACAACACAGGGACACCCCUGGCUGUUUUCAGUAGCAACGGGCUUAUGCUCAAACAGAUUCAGUACACCGCCUAUGGUGAGAUCUAUUUCGACUCCAAUAUUGACUUCCAGCUGGUAAUUGGAUUUCACGGUGGCUUGUAUGACCCACUCACAAAAUUAAUCCAUUUUGGAGAAAGGGAUUAUGACAUUUUGGCAGGACGGUGGACAACACCUGACAUAGAAAUCUGGAAAAGAAUUGGGAAGGACCCAGCUCCCUUUAACCUGUAUAUGUUUAGGAAUAACAACCCAGCAAGCAAAAUCCAUGAUGUGAAAGACUACAUCACAGAUGUUAACAGCUGGCUGGUGACCUUUGGCUUCCAUCUGCACAAUGCUAUUCCUGGAUUCCCUGUCCCCAAAUUUGAUUUAACGGAGCCUUCUUACGAACUCGUGAAGAGUCAGCAGUGGGAUGAUAUACCGCCCAUUUUUGGAGUCCAGCAGCAAGUGGCGAGGCAGGCCAAGGCCUUCCUGUCCCUGGGGAAGAUGGCCGAGGUGCAGGUGAGCAGGCGCAAAGGCAGCGGCGCGCCGUCGUGGCUGUGGUUCGCCACGGUCAAGUCGCUGAUCGGCAAGGGCGUCAUGCUGGCCGUGAGCCAGGGCCGCGUGCAGACCAACGUGCUGAACAUCGCCAACGAGGACUGCAUCAAGGUGGCGGCCGUGCUCAACAACGCCUUCUACCUGGAGAACCUGCACUUCACCAUCGAGGGCAAGGACACGCACUACUUCAUCAAGACCAGCACGCCGGAGAGCGACCUGGGCACUCUGCGGUUGACCAGCGGCCGCAAGGCGCUGGAGAAUGGCAUCAACGUGACCGUGUCACAGUCCACCACCGUAGUCAACGGCAGGACUCGCAGGUUCGCCGACGUGGAGAUGCAGUUCGGCGCGCUGGCACUGCACGUGCGCUACGGCAUGACCCUGGACGAGGAGAAGGCGCGCAUCCUGGAGCAGGCGCGGCAGCGCGCGCUCGCCCGGGCCUGGGCGCGCGAGCAGCAGCGCGUGCGCGACGGCGAGGAGGGCGCGCGCCUCUGGACGGAGGGCGAGAAGCGGCAGCUGCUGAGCGCCGGCAAGGUGCAGGGCUACGACGGGUACUACGUACUCUCGGUGGAGCAGUACCCCGAGCUGGCCGACAGCGCCAACAACAUCCAGUUCCUCCGCCAGAGCGAGAUCGGCAAGAGGUAACCCCCGCGCCGGCGGCAGGGAGGCGCGCGCCGCCGCCACCACCCCUGCGGGGACCGAGCCGGCGGGGCACCACUUGCCCCUCCAGCCCCAACACCGCCCCAUUCCCCCACCUCUGCUCAGAUCUGUCUGUAGCACAAUCCGAGGGGGACUCUCCGGCACCGAAGAGCCUUCCGGGAGAAUCAGACUGCUAUUUUAAAAAAUCCACGAAAGGAAAACAAAAGACUUCCUUCUGAAUGACCUUAAAAGGUGAUCGGCUUUAAAGAAUAUGUUUACAUAUGCAUAUCGCUGCACUCAGUUGGACUGAAAGUAUUCCAAGGAAAAACAGAUCAUUAAAGAAAGUGGCCCAAACCUUUUGCUUCUGGGCCAUCUUGUUCUCUGAGGCACUGUAUCUGACGAAGGUAGAAAGGCAUACAGUGUUUCCAGGUAUUACCGUUGUCGACCUUUGCUUACAAAAAGUAGUCUCUCUGCAUAGGAUGUGAUAAAUAUCUGUUAAUUUUAAAAUGUGGGGCAAAGUUACUGUUUCUAGACAACCCAACUGCUUUCCCUGUGCUGGUUUGUAAAAGGACAUUGGCACAUGUGACUUCUGCUGCCAGGGCGGGGAUUUCUAAGGAAUUUUAAAAUGCUCAUGUGGUUUGCCUUGGGGGGGAAGAAAACUGGCAAAUAGAACCCUUGUCACUGAUAAGCAAAGGAAACCCUGAUUUUUUUGUAAAUUAUGUGAGACAAGUUGUUUAUGGAUUUUUAUAUGAAUU